UAUCCACCGUGAACCAUGCCGUGAACUGUCACAGUUCGUGAGUUCAUUUGCUAACAUGGCCGCCUCGUGGCUGCUGAAGAGAUGGUGCUCCACAGCAGCCACAGUGACAACCAAGGGCACACGAUGGCAAAGACUGAUAAACAGUCGCGCAGGUGUAUGGUGCCGUAGUCUUUUAAGCGAUUAUAAGGAAGCUUGUCGCGAGGUAGUUGUGGGGGCUCGGGAUCGACCCCUCAAAGCUUCAGUAUACCUGGGUCUUUUAGGAGGAAUGUACGCCUGCUAUUACACCAACCCUGAUGAGGGUUCCUUUGAAACCAGCCUGCUAGAAACCUCCAACCGUCUUGCUCUCUUGUCACCAUGGAUACGCAGUGGCACCUCAGAUGGACACGUCCAGACCCUCGUGAAACUGCAAAACGAGGGCAAGCUGCGCUAUGCCAGUGUGGGCAUUGCCUCUUUGACUUAUCACACAGACUACAACUCUGAGUCCAGCCUUUAUGAGGCGCAUUGUUCAGCAAUCUAUGUGCCCUGGACUGAGCUGCCCAAACGUGUGCUGGAUGUGGGCUUUGUGGGACGCUGGUGGGUGCUUGAUCAUAAAAUGAAGGACUUUGAUAUAAAUGAGGAGGAGUUCAAACAUCUUCCUCCUGCUCUGCAGGCAACAUCCCCCCCAUCUGCCCAGAUAACUGAAAGGAAUGAAAAGCUUCAUCAGGAAUCGUGGAAAGCUGUGGUGAUGGAGGAUGAGAGCAAUGAAUUAGAUAGUAUACAAAAAGACCUGGCCAUUUCUGUUAACGGAAAGGAAAGCAACACAACAUAGACAGCACAGGCGUCUUGAUGAACGUUAAAUUUUUUAUUAAAUUUUUUUUAAAUUCUUGCAAGCAUGAUCACUGGGGUCAUUUGUGAGAUGCUGUAUCUCACAAAUGACCCCAGUGAUCAUGCUUGCAAGAAUCAGCUGUUGAUAAGAAUUGAAAAGUAAAAGCUGUUAUUGGGAAUCGCUAUUAUAAUUUGUUUACUAUUUAUGGAAGUAAGCAAGUUUAUAUUGUAGUCUGUUACUUUACUGCUAAAGUUGUGCAAAUAAGUGUGACUGGUUGGCAAAUACGUUAAAACAUCUCCACUGUAUGCUGACCUUGUUUUAUAUGACAGAAUAGCACCAAAUAAACUGAUCAAAAAUAUA